UUGGUGAAACAUUCAGGAUAGGCCUAUACGUUAAAUUAAAAUUAAAUUUACAAAUUAUAUUAAUUGACAGUUUACUAAUUGUGUAAAAAAAGUAAAUUUUGUGUAAGGGCAAGAAUAUGUUAACAGAAACCAAAUUAUAUGGAGACCAUCGAUCUAUAUGAGAUAUGUGAGGAGUACAGGGACAACAACGACAUUGAGGGUAUGCCAGAGCUAGGCAGACUCAAACUGAAAGUCUAUGACGUAAAGUGGAGCCAGAUAGGGCGUCCACAGAAAAAUGGCAAUGGUCUAGUAAAAGAGCUCAACAACCACUCAUUCAAUACUGAAAUAGCAACAUCACACGUGCGAAGUUUGAGAAUAAACCAAGGCCUUGUAGUUGGCGUCUACAAAAAUAUUACACUGCCGUUUCAUGAAUUUGACACUGAAAUAACAAUCGACCCGGGGAACUCCUUCUGUGAGCUGAGAGACAAGGCGAAAAUAUUUGUGGAGGGGAGUGCUGGGGGCCUUAAGAGAGCCUCAGUGAGACACGACAUUCUCAAGUAUCAGUUCGACUGCAAAGUGACCUGCACUGGGAAGGUUCUCUUUGUAGGAGACGGUGUCCAAGAAGUCAGCAUUCUGGAAAUAGUGGAGGCAUGUGGACAUUAUGACCUCAUUUCAUCGUUUAAAGGCAGCAGAACUGUCAACUGGCAAAUGUCUGGGGUGUACAAGUUUAAUGAAGAUUUUGUUCAAACUAUUCGAGUUGAAUGAGAUUCAACUUGAACAUCAAAGCGCUACUUGUUUAAUUUAUAGUUGAAAUUGGAAGUUACUAAAACUGGAACACACCAUAUAAUUGCUUUUUUUAAAUUUAAAUUAUUCUACUUCUGGGUGGCAGCUGUUUCAAAAUAUUGCAAAUAAUUAGCAUAGAAUAUUUUAUUAAUGUGGUAUGUCUUUUGUUUGAAAUAAAAUACAUUUACAGUCCUGAAAA